AUGGAUGUCUUCUAUCUGUACAACUACGGCUCAAGCGCAUGGCUAGCGUUACAGGGCGUAGCUUUAGUCGCAACACCGAAGUUGAUCAUAACGCUGCUGAUUGAUGACACUCGAGCUGCGUCAGAUAUCGAAGCCUAUCUAUCCCGAGCCUUUGGUCUCGCCCUACUUGCAGUUUCUAUACUGACCAUCCUGCUCACCGGAUCGGUGCCGUUGGUGUCCCCCGUUGGCGAUGUUGAUGCUACUACUCCAUCCCCGGAAGACGAGAGUGCGCGGGCCCCUUAUGCCGUACCCACACUGCUCGUGACGACCUUGUUUCAAGCCACGCUAGCAUUCUACAACUAUACCUGGUACCUAGCCAAUGGCCAGAAGGCUUUAGGACUGGGUAUGCUUGGAUCGGCUGCCGUGGCCUCGUUGGGACCGCAAUUCGAUAAUGCGAACGGCCGAUAUGAUAUAGCUCCCGCCCGAGGAUCAGCUCAUGGCCUGACAGCCAACAAUAACCAAAUUACCCCAAACCGAGCACAAGUCUGGAACGGCGCUGGUGAGCUCGAAUGGGUGGCGGCAUCUAUAUCUUCAUCCUUGCCGAAUGCGAAGAGCCGCGCCCAGCAAGUCGAUACUUCUCUGCAUGUGGGCGGAGACGGUUUGGAUGUAUCAUCUGCGGCUGCAGCAGAGAUUAAGGAUAGCCAUCUGGGUGGCCUGAAGAUUGUGCCGAAUCCCCCUGACCUUAAUGCUUGGAGGGAGCGGUUGUUUAAUGUUGAUGAGCCUAUUACGUUGACGGAAGAACAGUUUCAAGUUUAUUUCCCGCACGUCGACAAUGUCUACUCCCAUCGGUCGACGCAAAAAUACAAACGCAAACCAUUCGUCUCUCAUUACUGGGACUGUCGCCUCAAAGGCCGUCCCUCGGGGACACCCAAAUCCGAUGAUCCCAACAAGAAGAAACGCAAACGAGUCGCUCGAGAACGCGAUUUGUGUGAUGUGAAAAUCAAGAUUACGGAGUACUUUCCUGAGGCCACUGCAGCAGAUAUCGCGCAUCACCAGAGGAGCGCUGCAGAAUCUCCGAUGUUGUCGAGCGAGAAUCAUCAUGGUGCCACUGCAACUGGUACAACUAUGUUCUUUACUACGAAUGGGAGUGAGGCUCCUCGUGGUAAUGGCAAUGCGCAGCCAUUUGGUAUGUUGGCGCCCAGUGCGGCGCUAUCUGAGAAUCCGUCCGUUGUUCCGGGAAACGGCCAUAAGUUGUACACUAUUCAACGAGUCAAUGGUAACGGCGGCAAUGGGAAGACAGAUGGCGUUGGCGGCGGUCAUAGGCAUACGCUGGAGGAUAGUGACCGUGUCAAGAAGAAUAGCGUGCAUAGGUAUCUGCUCAAGAAGUCGAAGGACGAGAAGAAGAUUGUGCUGGAUGACCUUGAUGAGGGAACUCCCCUUCUCCCUCCUGGUGACGCCAGGCUUCGCGCUCAUUGCCGGCUCUGGAGUGACCAUAUCAACCGCCACAUAGUUCCCAGCUUCUACAAAGUCCUGAUGGAGCAAACUCCUCAAAUGCAAGCCAAGCAUGCAGCAGAACUGCAGGAAGAGAUUGAGAAAUUGGUCAACGCGUCGCACGUCCACGGUCCAUUCUUCCUAGGUCCUAGCAUUUCGUUUGUCGACAUUCAGCUUGCACCUUGGAUACUCCGUCUAAGUCGUGUGCUCAAGCCGUAUCGAGGAUGGACUGAGCCAGCGAUGGGUAGUCGGUUGGGUCGGUGGAUCCAGGCCAUUGAGGACAACGAGCACGUCGUUGCGACGACCAGUAGUGAUGAGCUUUAUCUGGAAAGCUACCAGCGGUAUUCUGAAAACCGGCCGAAUACCUCGCAACUGGCAAAUGCAAUCAACAGCGGCAGAGGUCUACCGUAG